UCCGGUCUCAGCCUAUUCGAGCGGAUCAAUGAGGGCUCAUUUGAACUGCCGCAGACAGCCAAAAACUUACCAUCGACAACUGGCUUGAAUAUAGAGGUAUAACAGAGGAGCAUGGGUUGUCACAACAGCAAAGUUUGUGGCCAGGUCUCCAGGAAAAAGAAAAAAAGUUGUGCACAAGAAGGUGAGAAGCACAUAAAGGACAUCAAACUUCAAGAUGGAAGUGGUACACGCUCUUCUGAGAAGAAUCUAUUGGAGACGUAUGAGUGUCAGCUAAAGAUACUUCAUGCUGUGUUGACGGCUUCAGGAGACCAGGAGAGAGACCAGCUCCUCAAGGACCAUCCUGGAGACAUCUGCACUUUAGUCCACAGUAUUCUAGAGAAGGUAAAGACUGAGAUAACCUCUGACCUAAAUUAUCUUCAUGAAAAACAGACGAGGAGCGUCUUAGAACGGCAUCAGAGCGCAACAGAAGAGCUACAGCGAUUACACAAUGAAGAGAAGAACAUUUUAAAUGAGUCCCAUGCAGCAUCUGAGAAUGUGCUGAAGGAUCAGAUUGAAGGGCUGACGUCAGAGCUGAAGCUGUUCGAGGAGUUGAAGCGCAGAGCGCAGGAGUCCACGCUCAAGAGAGACCUUCAGAGAAACAUUGAGACUCAUGGCAGCCCUGGUGCAUUCUGGGAGCAGGAGCAGGAGAGUCUGUUAUUUGUCAUCGAAAUGAAGCGUGAGCGUUUACAGGACCAGGGGAACAAGCUGCUGCAGAUGGAAACACUGAUGGAGAGGAAUCUGUCGCUGGAGGAUCAGCUCCUGCAGGCGCUCCAGCAGAGCGAGGACUACAGAGUGAGGAUAGACAACUACCAAAGCCUCAUACAACAACUGUCCAAGGAGCAGAACGAGCUGCAGGAGGCGCUAGAGAAGCAGUCUCUGCAGAACCAGAAGCUCAGCCAGGAGAAAGAAGAGCUGCUCUUUAAACUCAUACACCGCAGAGACUCGUGCUCCUCCUUCCACCUUCCUUCUGUCAUCCCCAGCUGACCGCAGCAUCCACCUUCAUCACAGGCUGGCCUCAGUGCCUUCGGUUGUUGUUUUUUUUUUAUGCCAGUUUAAUAUAGUGUUGUGAUCAUCCAGUGCUGAUAUGAACUUAUUCACUGCACUUAGCAUUUUUAACUAGCCAAACUAAUAUUUUUGUACAUUUUGUUUGAAGAGACAUUUCUUAUCAGGAUUUUUUUGGAUGCAUUUUGAAAUAGCUGUGGAUGUAUGCAGUAGUUACUCUUUUUAUUAUUUUACAGGGUGUAGUAUCCGUUUUUGCCAAUUUUGACAUUUUUAUUUCUUUCCAGGAAACCGCAAGUAUUGUUAGCAAAACAGCUGUUAUGUUUUUGCCUUAAGACAUAAUUAGCACUUGGACGUGUAACAUGAAUAUUUGGGAUCUUUUCAGAUGCACUUGCACUUUUAUCUGUUUUAUUUGUUGGAGAGAUAAUGGGCUUUUGGUGAUUACCAGUAUGCUUUCUUCCUACACUUUGCACAUAGUAUUUCCGUUUUGAAUCCUUCUGCUUUUCAGUGGUAGGUAAAGUCCUGGGGUCCUAUUGGAUAAAAUCUUGUCAUUUUAGCUCAAACACCAUGUUGUCUCAAAGAACCAGCAAACAUUUUUUUAAGAAGAGUCUAGCCUCU